GUCAUGUCAAAGGCAAAGCUAUAAAAAUAAUUUCUAAAAAAGUCCAGUAUAAAAUUAUAGAUAAUACAGGCACAUUUUACUAUGAUGCUAAUACCCCUAUAUAUUCCAAUAUCCUUAAAAUGUUGUUCAGCAAAGGCAAUGAUCUAUCCCCAAGUUAGUUCAUUCCUUUAACAAUUUCAUCUCAGCUUGUGUAACUCUUUAGGUGGGGCAGAGGAUCUAACAAAAAGGUCUAUUUCAUUGUCAGGUAAAAUUCUGCGUAGUGUUAUGUGAGUUUCCUGGCAUGGAUAGUGAAAUAGUAUAUCUGGUGAGAAACCUCCAAGGAUAGAGGAUCUGAGCCUAUAAAUGACCUGAUCCAAAGUUGUUUUUGUGUGUGACUCUUCACUGCCAAAGAAAAGACCAAAAAAGCUAUGCAGAUGUGGGUUAUGUGUCUAUCAAUCCUCCAUCAGUAACAUUAACAGAUGCUUCUGAACGCCUGCUCCAAGCUCCUGACACCGUCAGAUGUGCUGCCUUUCUGUCCUUCACCGUCCCAUUGCCGAGGACACAGGGGCCAGGCUUCCGUUCCACGACCGAGGCAUUCGUCCACACCAGGUUCCUUUGCUGCAUCUUUUUAUUAAGCACCAACAAGAGCCAGGUGGAUUGGUACAUGCUGUGGAAGACACGCAGAAGCCCGAGUAAGUCCCUGGCCCCGGAGCAUCCUCGGGGGGCUCAGUGAGGAAGGGGCGGAAAUGCUUGUCAUGUUAAAUCCAUGAUUCCCAGCACACUUCUGAAUUCCAGAAUCGCCCACAGCAAUUUUCAAAUUAGAAAAGGAAAUGGGAUUCGUGCCUUGAGAGGGUCCCCAAACCUUGAAGCUACUCAGGGUGCUGGCUUUUGGCUAUAUAUUACCACCAAGAGAUGUAAUUUUGCAAUUUUCAAGGCUAAACAUCUCAUAAUCACUGAAUCAAUCCUGAAAGGGCUGGAGGCAUUCCCAGCCCGGCCCAGUUCCCUCAGCCUCCCCUGGGUGCCCUCCCUUCCAGCAGAAGUCUCCCCAGCCCUGCUGGACAUCGCUCUCAAGCAAAUGUCUUGACCUUCCAGGAAAGCCACCUUCUUCCAUCAGCAGUGGCUUCACUGUCUCUUAUCUCCAAGUCAUAGCAAAUUGUCCCUCGUUCCACGCUGUGCUCCUUGACCCAUCCAGCUCCACAGUCCACCCACUGACCACCCGAAUCACCCACAGCUUCCGUUGUAGGAAAAAGCAAACAAACGAAAGCAGUUGCUUGUUGCUCAGAAUCGACCAGCAUGCAUCUAGGGCCCACAGCAGCCUGAAGGCUGAGAAGCUGAGCUGCUCAAUAUCAGAAGAGCCCAAAGCAGUGUGGGGACAACCGCCAGGUAGUGGCUCAGAGGAGGACACAGUCGCUGUGAGCAGGUGAUCAGAGCACAGGAGGGAACGAGCUGUAGAUUUUUAGUAAUCUACAAGAAUCAGGCAGUUCCAGGACACAGGAGCAUGAAUGUGAACAGCCAAUGGACCCAGAGCAGAGAGCAGGCGAGGCGUGGGGCGGGACCAUGGACGCCCCGCAACCCUGCCAGGCUGGGUAGGGGAGGCUUGAUCCUGAGGGCAUGUUGUGAAGGAGAUGCCCAGGUUCUGAUGUAUCGCACAUUCCUCUUCCACUGUGCAGAAAUGACAUUUCUGGUUGGUCUUGAAUGUCUGCUCUGGCCAAGCCACCCCCUCUCAUGCUGGUUAACCAAGUGGCAUGUGUGCCCACGCAGACCGUUCUAAGGAACAGUGUAAUUGUCUAGACAAUUUUCUCUCAAAUACUCCAUCCCGGAAGCGACCGGUCAGCAGAAGAGGGAAGGCAGGAGGGCGACAGCGUCCCUGCUAAGUCCUGUUGUGCAUGGCAGCUGGAGUCCAGCCAGGCUCCAGAGGGGCUCCGGCUGGCAAGGAACCUGAGCGGGCUGAUGGGACUCGAGGUUCUCUGCAUGUAUCUGCAACACCUGUGAUGUGAUGCGAAAUAUGAUCUCUAUUGCUGAUGAAGGCAGAGGCACUGGUCACAUUGCUGGAGGUGGCUGCCUCCAUUCAGGAUUGGAGGAAAGACUGUGGCCUCAUUUCCUGAUGCCCCUGGAUGGUUCAAGUUCUUGAAAGAGUUCUCUGGGCUCACUCUCCUGUCCCUCUGUCCCUAUUGUCUCUUGAACCCACUCCAGUCAACUCCACCGAAACACAGCCUAUCAAGGUCUCCGAUUUCCUUCAUGUCACUGCUCCAGCGGUCACUUUUCAGUGCCCAGAUGACUUGAUCCAUCAGAUGACUUGACUGGACGUAGUAGAUUGCCCUCUCCAGCAUGGAGCUCUGUCCUUACUCACCAGCCUCCCUGGGGUUGACCCUUCACUAUCAGCCACUCUGUAGCCCAUGGCUGGCUCCUCUUCACCUCCCUCCCCUCAUCCCUCCCCUGAUGUUGGAGGCUUCCUGGAAUCAGCCCUGGAGCCCCUGCUCUUCCCCAUUUAACACUCCCUCCUAGGAGCCUCUAUCACAUCUUUUAAUCCCAUCUCCAACCUGUGGAGACACAAAAGAUUUCUCCAGUUCAGUUCCUCCCUGAACCCUGCACCUAUAUAUCCAACCAGGGUUUCCCAGCUGGGUGGGCACAGACAUCUCAAACUCAAUAUGUCCGAAACAAAAUUCCUUUCUUCUGCCCUUCACCCUCUGUAUCAGUCAGAGUUCUCCAGAGAAACAGAACCAAUAGGAUGUGUAUCUACAUAGAAAGAGAUCUCUUUACUAUAAGGAACUGGCUCACAUGAUUGUCAAGGCUGACAUGUCCAAAAUCUGCAGGGCGGCCCAGGCCAGUGGCUCACAUCUGUAAUUCCAACACUUUAGGAGCCCAAGGCUGGAGGACUGCUUGAGCCCAGGAGUUACUUUUCAACAUAGUGGGACCUCCAUCUCUACAAAACCUUUUUUAAAAUUAGCCAGGCAUGGUGGCACAUGCCUGUAGUCCCAGCUACUCAGGAGGCUGAGGUGGAAGGCCUAUAAACUUUUAUUUUAUAGAUGGGAUCUUGCUGUAUUGCCCAGGCCGGUCUUGAGUCUGAGAAGUCAGACUUGACUUCUCUUGACUUCUCAGAUUCAAGACCGGCCUGGGCAAUACAGCAAGACCCCAUCUAUAAAAUAAAAUUCUGCGGGGUAGGCUAGCUGUCUGGAGACCAGGAUCGCUGAAACUACAGUUUGUCAGAAGGCAGCCUGCUACAGAGCUGAGAAGGGCUGAUGUUUUAAAAGCCAGUCUGCUGGAGAAAGCUUGCUUGCUCGGGGGAGGCUGCAUGUUACGGACUAAACAUUUGCAUUCUCCCGACCAGGCGCAGUGGCUCACGCCUGUAAUCUCAGCACAUUGGGAGGUUGAGGUGGGCGGAUCACCUGAGGUCAGGAGUUUGAGACCAGCCUGGUCAAUAUGGUGAAACCCUGUCUCUACUAAAAAUACAAAAAUUAGCUGGAUGUGGUGGCAGGCACCUGUAAUCCCAGCUACUUGGGAAGCUGGGGCAGGAGAAUCACUUGAACCCAGAAGGUGGAGGUUGCAGUGAGCAGAGAUUGCACCAAUGCUCUCUAGCCUGGGCUACAAAGUGAAGACUCUGUCUCAAAAAAAAAAAAAAAAUUGCAUUCUCCCAAAAUUCUUAUAUUGGAGCCCUGAGCCCCAGUGUGAUCGUAUUCGGAGAAGGGGCCUUUGGGAGGUCAUUAGGGAUUGAUGAGGUCAAGAGGGCGGGCACCUCAUGAUGAGAUUCAUGUUCUGAAAAGAAGGGAAAGAGAGAACGACUUCUGUCUGCCUGCGUGCAAAGAAAAGGUCCUGUGGAUUUCUACCAGGAACCAAAGCACCCAGAACAUUGAUCUUGGAUCCAGAAUUGUGAGAAGACAAAUUUCUGUGGCUGAAUCGAGCAGGUCUGUGGUAUUUUGUUGUGGCAGCCUAAGCUGACGAAGACACCAGUGUUCUUUGUGUGUUCCAGGCUGGCCUUCGCCUAAUUGGGUGUGGCCCACCCACAUUCUGGAGGGCAGAAUUUCAGUGUUAACCUCGUCAAAACACUAACCGAACAGAAACCCAGAGAACAGUGAUCAAUCACAGAUCUGGGCACCCCACGGCCCAGCCAAGUUCACACGUUAAAUUGAUCAUCACACUCUCCAAACCUAGGUCUCCAAUCCUCUUCAAGCUCUCAAUAAAUGGCAACUCCAUUCUUCCAGUUGCCCAAGACAAUAACCUUAGGCACCUGCGUUUUGCACCCCACAGCUAAACCAUCAGCACAUUCCGCCAGCCUCACCUGAAUGGAGAAACUGACCUCUUCCUGGCACCCACCUCUGUCUCCGCCACCUUGGCCCGGCCUCCCGGCAUCUCUUACCUGAAUGAUCACAAGAACCUUUUGCUUGCUCUCCCUAAUUUCAGCCCAGAUGUAACCUUGGACAAGUUAUGUAACCGUUCUAUGCCUCAGUUUCCCUAUCUGUAAGUAAGGACGGCAACACGCACAUUGAGAUUUGCUUAAGAAUUAAAUGCCCAUGGAAGCACUUAGCAUGUGUUUGGCAUAUCAUAAACACUCUGUAACUGUGACUGCUUUUACUGUCAUCGUGAACAACUAACAGCUUUGGAGCACCUGGGCUUCAAAGCCUAACUUGACAGAGAAUGAGUUUGAAACCUCACGUUUAAUAGUAUUUUCCUUAGCAUUAGAAAAUCUUAGCCUUAUGUUUUCAUUUGACACCACGUUUUAACCACGGCAGUUCAUUCCCAGUUCAAUAAUUUUCAGAGGCUUACAAAAUUCACAGAAUAGUUAUCUUAUUCAUGAAGGUUUCCAGCCAGUUGUGACAAUGUCCUAUUGCUUGUUUGGGGCUUUUUCUUGUUUUGUUUUUCUAUUUUGAUGUAAGUCCUGACUAACGGGGGAGCCCAGAGGCUCUGCUGGAUCUCCAAGGCAAAGCCUCCGCAGGCUUCUGAGUUACCUCAUUCAAAUCUGGACUCUGCCCCAACCUUGGGCUUUUAUGGUCUAUGAAACCAAGACAUGUUGACUUAAGAAAACCAGACAUCCAGUCUGAAAAGGUCAGUCACCAAUUUGGAUGCAGCCCAGCCAAUUGCACACAAGCUGGAGAUGUGACUCUCCAAACUCGUGAGCUACGUGAAUUCACACACUUUCUAAAUCUGGAGAAGCUGAAUCAUUUAAUUACAAUCACUGUAUGGGUUACUUGCUAUAGAUUGUGCUUGAAUUUUCAAAUUUGCAGGGGGCUUUCCAGAUUCCUUUCUCCAUGUCCUCCACACUUUGGGACAUGAAGCUAGACAUGGCUUUGAUUUUUGUCUUUAUCUUUCUUUUCUUUGUUUGUUUUUGUUUGAGACAGGGUCUCGCUCUGUCGCCCAGGCUAGAGUGCAGUGGUGCGAUCAUGGCUCACUGCAGCCUCAACCUCCUGGGAUCAAGUGAUCUUCCCACACAGCACCCAACGUAGCUGGGAAUACAGGUAUGCACCACCAUGCCCAGAUAAUUUUUUUAAUUAUUAUUAUUUUUUUUUUUUUGUAGAGACAGGGUCUCACUAUGUUGCUCAGACUGGCCUUGAACUCCUGAAAUCAUGCAAUCCUCCCACCUUGGCCUUCUAAAUGUUGAGAUUAUAGGUGUGAGCCACUGCACCUGACCUGUUUUUAUCAAUGACAAAUGUGAAGCCACCAGAUCACGCUCAAUGCCUGUCCUGGAAGGGGACCCAGUUCUCAUAAUCAGAGAUGAGGUUUCUUCAUUUGUUUGUUUUUUGCGAUACAAUGUGGCUCUCUCCCCCAGGCUGGAGUACAGUCGCACAAUCUCUGCUCAUCGCAAUCUACCCCUUCCAGGCUCAAGCCAUCCUCCCACAUCCACCUCCAAAAUGGCUGGGAUAACAGGCUUGAACCACCAUGCCCAGCUAAUAUUUUUUAUUUUUAGUAGAGUCGGGGUUUCACCAUGUUGACCAGGCUGGUCUUGAACUCCUGAGCUCAAGUGAUCCUCCCACCUCGGCCUCCCAAGGUGCUGGGAUUAUAGGUGUGUGCCAUAGUGCCUGGCCAAGCGUUUUUUCUGUAAUUCUCCAUGCUGCCACUCAGCCAGUCUGCUGGGUGUGUUUCCUACGGCUGCCACAACAAAGCACCGCAAACUGGAAAGCCCGAAACAACAGAAAUUUAUUCUCCCAUGAUUCUGGAGGCUGGAACCAGGAAACUCGGGUGUGGGCAGGCUGGUUCCUUCCAGGGCUGUGAGGGAGCAUCUGCCUCUGUGGCUUGCUGGCCAUCCUCCGCAUUCCUUGGCUUGGUAACUUCUCAUUCCACCCUCUGCCUCCAUCAGCACACGUUCUAUCUAUUUCCGUCUUCACAUGCCAAGCCUCUUAUAAGCGCAGCAGUCCUGUCAGUUUAGGAUCCACACUAUUUUAGUAUGACCUCAUCUUAACUAAUUAUAUCUGCAAUGACCCUAUUUCCAAAUAAGGUCAAUUCUGAGGCACUGGGGAGAGGGGAGGACUUCAACAUGUCUCUUUUGGGGGAACAGGUCAAUCCAUAGCAUCCCCUAGAUAAAGUGUGCCCAGAGAACACUUAACCAUUAGUCAUCUAAUAAUCAGGGAAAGCUUUAGGAAGCAUGUUCAUGUCCACCUGGGUUUUUUGGGUUUUUAUUUUUUGUUUUACUUUUCUAGCAUCUUUGUUCUCAGAUGGCAAGUUUUUCAUCACCUACACCUUGAAAAAUGAAAAACAACAACAUAGCAAACCUGCCUAUCUUGUCAGGAAAAAUCGCUCUGAAAAGGCACCAAUGUUUUUAAGUAAAUGAAAUUCAGUCAUUUCAUUUUUAAAUGUUGAUCUACUGCAUUUUAGGCCGGGCGUGGUGGCUUGUGCCUGUCAUCCCAGCAUUUUAGGAGGCUAAAGCAGGUGGGUCACAAGUUCAGGAGUUCGAGACCAGCCUGGCCAGUAUGGUGAAACUCUGUCUCUACUAAAAAUACACACACACAAAAAAAUUAGCCAGGUAUGGUCGUGCAUGCCUGUAAUCCCAGCUACUUGGGAGGUUGAGGCAGGAGACUUACUUGAACCUGGGAAGCAGAGGUUACAGUGAGCCAAGAUCAUACCACUGCACUCCAGCCAGGGUGACAGAGUGAGACUCCAUCUCAAAAAAAGAAAAAUGUUAAUCUACUGCAUUUUAAAUGAAUUCUAAUGAACUUUGGUGAGUUGAAAUGAGAGAGAGAAUGCCUCCAGAAAGGGUUUUUUAAAUGUUUGUGUUUAAAUGCUAGUGACUUAAGUUUGUAGUUUUCAGUAAAUCAAUAGAUCAUCCAACCUUACUGAAUUAAAAUAGCCUCUGUAACCAUUUAACCACAUACCACGGUUUUCAUUUGGGUUAACAUAAACUUUUCCUCAAAUCAGUUCUUAUUAUAAAAAAUAGAUUUAUUCAUCCAAAAGGUGGGGGGAGGAAUUCAUGGAGCGUGUCAUUUCUGUAUGAUUUUGAGUAGGAUACUUCACAUCUGUUUUCCUGAAUAACAACGACAAGCAGUAGCUAUCAUGAGAGUAAUUAGUCGUAGUCAUGUAAGUCCCCUGUCUCUGCCUCUCAUGGAAAGACUGCGUGAAAGACCCUUGGAUGGCACAGAAAGUCCUCACACAUUAAAAAUACAGAUGCCUGCCAGUCUGAAAAAAGAACCCAAGGAAAGUUAGAGAAAGUUUGGAAUCAUAAUAAAGAAAAUUUUAUUUUUAGAGCCAAAAACCCCACAGUACAGUGCAUUUGAAAUGAAUAUGAAACGGGUGUUCCAAGGAAUCGGUUGAUCACUUUCUCAUUCUUACAUAUUUGUGUAAGAAGAUGUGCUAAAAACAGCCCCUCUAAAGUAUCCCUAAGGUUCUUGAAAAGAUACGCAUUUGUUUCACAGGUUAUUAAGAAACACAGUGUCUAAGAUGUCCUCAGGAAAUACUGGUUGAGGCCAGGCGAUUAUCAAUUCUAGGCUCACACCUGUAAUCCCAGCACUUUGGGAGGCCAAGGCAGGUGGAUCACUUGAGGCUGGGGGUUGGAGACCAGCCUGGCCAACAUGGUGAAACCACAUCUCUACUAAAAGUACAAAGCUUAGCUGGAUGUGGUUGUGGGGUCCUGUAAUUCCAGCUACUCAGGAGGCUGAGGCAGGAGAAUAGCUCAAAUCUGGGAGGCAGAGGUUGCAGUGAGCUGAGAUCACACCACUGUACUCCAGCCUGGGCGACACAGCAAGACAAGACUCUGUCUCAAAAAAAAAAAAAAGGAAAGAAGGAAAGAAAAAUACCAGUUGAAGUUAUUUCAUGCAGAUGCUUCAUAGCAUAAGAGUUACUUUCCUUUCUCUGUCUUGCGUAGUUUUGCUAAUAUGUCUCAUCUAAAUGAAUCCAAAUCUCCCUUGAGUUUAUUUUUAAUUCUCAAAUUCAAGCAUUUAUGAUUUGGUUUAUCUUGUUUUGUUUGAGAGAGUCUCACUCUGUCACCCAGGCUGGAGUGCAGUGGUGCAAUCUCAGCUCACUGCAACCUCCACCUCCUGAGUUUAAGUGAUUCUCCUGCCUCUGCCUGCAAGAAGCUGGGAUUAUAAGGGUGCGUCACCACACCCAGCUAAUGUUUGUAUUUUUAGUAGAGAGGGAGUUUCACCAUAUUGGCCAGGCUGGUCUCGAACUCCCAACCUCAGGUGACCUGCCUGCCUCAGCCUCCCAAAAUGCUGGGAUUACAGGUGUGAGACAUUGUGCCCAGUCUAAAGCAUUUAUGAAAUAGCUAGACAAUAAAGAGGCCAUUUGGUUGGGGUGACAGUGAGGACAUUCAGGUUUUUGAACCAGAUUUUUUUUUCUUUUUUUUUUUUUUUUGAGACGGAGUUUAGCUCUUUUUACCCAGGCUGGAGUGCAAUGGCGCGAUCUCGGCUCACCGCAACCUCCGCCUCCUGUGUUCAGGCAAUUCCCCUGCCUCAGCCUCCUGAGUAGCUGGGAUUACAGGCACGUGCCACCAUGCCCAGCUAAUUUUUUGUAUUUUUAGUAGAGACAGAGUUUCACCAUGUUGACCAGGAUGAUCUCGAUCUGUUGACCUCUUGAUCCACCCGCCUCGGCCUCCCAAAGUGCUGGGAUUACAGGCUUGAGCCACCGCGCCCGGCCUAUGAACCAGACAUUUUCUUAAGUGACUGAUCAUCAAUGUUGAAGCAACUCUACAUUCUUUCAAGGGCCAAUGACGAUGUUCAUUUGAAGGUGGCACUUCAGUUUUCUCUAAUGAGAUUACAGAAAGCAAAUCAAGUUUUACUCUGUUUCUAUAACAGACCCAAUACCAUGUCAGAGCAUUUGGGGGCAGACGCGUACAAUGGCUCGUUCCCAGACACCUUGCGAGCCACUCAGACCACACGGCAGGCAAAAGGCACCAGUGGCUGCCUCCUCCAAUUCCCUACCUACACAGUAGCGCUCAGGGCAAUUUCGGAUAAAGAAACUUCCACUGUGUCUGGCUCAUGCCCCAGCUCCCCACUGGUGACCAGCACCCCUCCCAUCUGGGGCUGACAUUUCCCUCACCGGUGUGGGUAGACAAGAGCCACGGAGCAAUGCAUGUCCAUAGAAAAGCUUUCAUCACAGGGGCUGAUUUUGCAAGGGAUGAGGUGACAGCAGCAGGUGAGACUGCUGAGGGCUAAGGAGAGCAAGGGACUCAAACACCCCACCUGUCCCACCGCUGUGCCCCUCCAAGAAGCCUGGUCUCACGCGCAGCAUCCACACACUUACUUGACUCCUGCCACCUCCUUUACCAAAGAACAACUUGCAGUGAAAUCACUUCAGCACGAUCACUCGGACUUGGCGAUGGUGAGAUAGGGUGGGUCCUGUCCCACCCCUGUACCCCUCCAAGAAACCUGGAUGGACAGAGGCCCAAGGAUACACCCUGAAGAACUAGAGAAAGGACUUCAGAUGAUGGGACAAAGUGAAGAAUGAAACAGACAUGCCCAGGGAGGAGGCAGUCAAGACGUGGGCUAGAAAGCAACAUGUCCACCCCUCAGUCCUGGCCAGCCUAUUCCCAUGGCCAUCGCUGUUGAAAUAAUGAUUAAUUUGGAGCUAAAGUUGAUGCAGCUGGGGUCCAGGUGGGCCAGGAGGUGAGCCAAACGAGGGCACCCUACUGUGUGCUCCUGCUUUCUUAAAGAAAAACAUAGCUCAGAGAAAACAGAGAGAGACAACAUCAAAGUUUAUAAUGAACACACACAAACCCUCUCCCUUCAGAGCUGGUGAUCCCGAGACCAGACAGUUGGGAGGGCCUAUAGCAGUUCUGCUGUUUCACAAGUGCCCUUCACAGAUUUUCAAAAUUCUUUACAGCUCUAUCAUUUUCUAGUACUCUCUCUGCUGGGGACAAAGCCGACCGAAACUCCAAGGUUUAAUGACUGUGCUGUUGAAUUUCAAACUCACAUGGGGCCUGUAGCCUCUUUGUUUUGUCCAAUUUCUCCCCUUUGGAAUGGGGGUAUUUACCUGAUGCCUGCACCCUCAUUGUAUCUAGGAAGUAACUAAUUUUUUUUGAUUUUGCAGGUUCAUAGGCAGAAGGGACUUGCCUUGUCUCAGAUGAGACAUUAGACUUGGACUUUUGAAUUAAUUCUGGAAUGAGUUAAGCCCUUGGGGGACUGUUGGAAGGGCAUGAUUGUGUUUUGAAAUGUGAGGAUGUGAGAUUUGAGAGGGGCCAGGAGAUUUGAGAGGGGCAGAAUAAUAUGGUUCAGCUGUGUCCCCCCACAAAUCUCCCCGCAUGUUGUGGGGAGGGAGCCGGUGGGAGGUAGUUGAAUCUUGGGGGUGGUUUCCACCACGCUAUUCUCAUCGCAGUAAGUUCUCACAAGAUCUGAUGGUUUUAUAAGGGGCUUCCCCCUUGGCUCCGUUCUCUCUUCUCUUUCCUGCCGCCAUGUAAAGAUGUGUUUGUUUCACCUUCUGCUAGGAUUGUAAAUUUCCUGAGGCCUCCCAAGCCCUGCAGAACUGUGAGUCAAUUAAACCUCUUUUCUUUAUAAAUUGCCCAGCCUCAGGCAGUUCUUUAUAGCAGCACGAGAAAAAACUAAUACAGAAACCCACUCUAUCUCACCACUGCCCAGUCCAAGUGCUGUGCCCAAGUGAUUUUACUGCAAGUUCUUCUUUGGUAAAGGGAGUGGCGGGUGUGAGGGGUUCUCUAGUCAGGGAAGUUUAGCAGAUGCUGCACAUGAGACCUUUUCUGGGAAAGUCACGAUGCUCACUGACACAUUUCCAACUAUGCCAAGUCCCCCAGUCACCCAGGCUUUCCCAAACAUGUUUGACCUUCAUGUCCUCAACACAAGACAUCCUGCAAAUGCGGCAUUCCAAGAUGCAGUCAUUGGGAAACUCAGCCCUAAAUCCUGCUCUCGUGCGCAGCUAAGCCACAUACUCCCCACCCAGGAUUGUGCUUUCAGGGUUUUGUGAUCCCAAAUGCAAGACCCAGCACUGAUUCCUCUAACACAUCUUGUUAGAUUCUGACUUCCGACCUCCACCCAGCCUGCCGAGGGCUUUCUGGAGCUUGAUGCUUGGAACCCUGUCCUGGACCCGUAUCUCUCUAGCAAAUCUUCCCACACACAUACAUGGCUGCAGGAAAACAGUGGCCCACAGAUGAACACCAGUUCAGCCCUGCAGGGGCUGCUCCUCCUGGGAGGCCAGGCUGGGCAAGUUCCUUCCUAUACAAACAGCCCUGCAGGGCAGGGCACUUCCGGAGCAGCAGGGAAGAAUUGUAUGUGGUUUCCAGGGAGAUGCGUUCAGUUAAAGUUAUUUUUCCCUUGAAAGGCCCCAAAGUGAAAAGCAGUUGCAGGGAAGUUGCAUUAUCACCUAAUGCCAGUAGCAGCUGCUGGUAAAGAAGGAAAGGGGGUUGGGGAGCUGGUGUCUGGGAGCUGGGGGCUCAUUAACACUCACUUCUUAAAUUAGCAAAUCCUUAUACCACGAGUCUAAAAAUAGCAGGCUAAUGGUUUCUAAAAUUAGCCAUCAUUGCUCUGCAUAAAUAUUUAGACCUCCAAUAAACCUCUGGUCCACUUGCCUAGCCUAAUGGGCUUGGCUUUCAUGCCACAUUCUUUACGAUCCAUCUACUUCACGGUUGACCUUGACAGUGAGAGCCACAAGAAGCCCCACUAUGCUUGGACCAGGGACAUCCCGUGUGGUUGUCAGCCUGGAGGCAGCCUCAGAGCAGGGCAGGAAGGGAUCUCAGAAGCCAUUCGGAGAUCUGGGUACCUGAAGAAGCCUGUGGUCCCGGUUUCCUUGGGACUGUCUUAGCUUCCGCACUGAAGGUCCCCGCCCUGGGCAACCCCUCAGUCCCUCGCAAAGCAGGACCCUUGGUUGCCCUGAUUGCCAAAACCCCUGCAAAGGGGGCAAGGCUGCUGUUCUGGGAUCUCUGUGGGAAGGAGAAUCUGUUGCUAACCCCACCCCUCAGCCCUCACACUGACUUCUGUUCUGUCUCAUAGAGGCAGGUAGUGUUUAAAGGGAGGAUGACACCAAGGAGUACACUAGCCAGGCCAGGCAUAGAAUUUUCAUCCUCUGCUCCUCUUGUUUCCCCAUGUGUAAAACAGGGAUGGUAACAGUCAUGGCCACAUUAGGUUGCUGGAAAUAAACUAGGACAUGUGUCAAUGUUCAAACCAUGCUCAGCCCCUCAGCUGGUGUCAUCCGUGUGCUCAGGGUGCAGGGCGGGUCCGCCGGCACACCCUCUGGCUGUGCAUGUCAGGGUGGCCACCUUGGCCUUGCUGCCAGCACCUCCCCCAAGGCAGUGACCACAGGACAGCUGCCAGCAGGGACUUGACGGUGUCCUCAGCCCCUGGACAGAAUGAGUGCAUGCCCAGAGGAGGGAAGAAAGGCUUUGUGCAAAGCCAGCGCUGUGCACGGUGCAGUGCGUGUGGCAAACUCUGUGCUGCGAAAAAAUAGUCAUCCAAAACAGCAGCAGCAAAGCCUCCCUUGGAGUAUCCGUCCGUGCUCACGCUGCAACCGGAGUCAAAGAACGACCUGAGACUGGUAACUUACAAAGAAAAAGGCUCCAUCGGCUCUCGGUUCACAAGCUGUUCAGGAAGCAUGGCUUGGGAGGACUUAGGAAACUUAGAAUCUUGGUGGAAGGCAAAGGGGAAGCAGGCAUGAGCCACACGGCCGGACGAGGAGGAAGAGAGAGAGGGAAGCGGGAAGGUGCCGCAUGCUUUUAAACAAGCAGAUCUCGUGAGAACUCACUAUCACAAAAAGAGCAAUGGGGAGUCCAUCCCCGUGACCCAUCUGCCUCCCACCAGGCCCUUCCUCCAACACUGGUGACUGCAAUUCAACAAGAGAUUGGGUGGGGACACAAAUCCAAACCCUACCACCUGGACACCCCUCAGCCCACCGCGUGUCCUGUCAGGCACCACGUGCUUUUGUUCUUAUUUAUUUUUGUUUGUUCAUUCACCAGGACAGAAUCAAUUACCUCCUACAAUGCCAAGGCAUUUAAACCCAGUUUAUGUUUUGCGAUCAGCAAGAUGAUGGUUUAGACUCCCAGUGGAGGCAUCAGAUAUUAAUUAUUUAUUCACCAAGUGAUUUACAUCUAGCAGGGGAUUUAUUUAUUUAUUUUUCAAGACAGAGUCUCACUCUGUCACCCAGGCUGGAGUGUGGUGGCACGACCUAGGCUCACUGCAACCUCCGUCUCCUGGGUUCAAGUGAUUCUCCUGCCUCAGCCUUCCAAGAAGCUACGUGGAAGGCUAAUUUUUGUAUUUUUAGUAGAGAUGGGGUUUCACCAUGUUGGCGGGGCUGGUCUCAAACUCUUGACCUCAAGUAUCCAUCUGCCUCAGUCUCCCAAAGUGCUGGGAUUGCAGGCUUGAGCCACUCUGCCCUGCUGGGCAUUUCUUGACAAUGUCCCAGGGUCUCAUGGCAGCACUGUGCGGCCCCACCCUCCUGCGUGCAGCCUGCACUGCUUAAAUGAGGCUCAGCCCUCUGCAGAAAGAGAAACAGGUUUUGCCUACUGAGUUCUUGGCCGCUUUGGGACACUGAAGUGACUUGACAUCGGCAGAGAUGUUUUCCUUUUUUCCCUUCAGAAUCAAAAAAGAAGCUGAGCCCCAGGUUGCCCACUGGGUAGCGCAGCCAGGGCCCAGGGCCUCCUAAUCUCUGUCUCGUUGAUCACCUUGUCCCCGGCAGGAGAGAAAAGCUAGUGGUGUCCACUUGGGACUUCCCCUCCCCUCCCUUUCUGCUUUCAUUUCUUCCUUUUUUCCCUUCCUUUCUCUGCCCUCUUCCUUCUUUCUCCUUCUCCCUCUCUCCUCCUUUUCUUCCCUCUCUCCUCCCUCCCUCCCUCCCUCCCUCCCUUCCUUUCCAUAUUUCCUAGUGUCUUCUAUAUGCCUGGCCCUACAUGGGUGCUGGGUCCUCGUCCCCAAAAAGUGUCCUGGAUUUUGGUAUGCUAAGAAUUCUUUAAAAGCCUUUGAAAGGGCUCCACAUUCCCAUAUCCCUGAAAGCCAGGUGGUUGCCUCUGUCUUAUAACAAAGUCACCCUCAGACAGCCCUCACCAAUGACAGUUGGACAUAGAGAAUAGGGAGCAUGGUGGGAGUGAAGGUCAGUGCUGGAGAGAAGGGAUGCUGGCCCUUGGUCCUACGGCAGCUCCUGAAGAGCCGUGACCUUGGAAAUUCCUGCCCCAGCAUCAGCUGACAACCUCUAGGUCACAUCCAGCUCUGGAAUUCUGAAGGCAGCAUCUGACCUGCCCAGGAGACUAAACCUCUCCCUGGCUGAGCAUGUGGGUGGGGAAGCUUCCCGCUUCAGAAAACCCCUCAUCCCGACAACCACGCAGGGCUGUUUUCUAAGUCGCAGCCAGCACACACCUUAGCACCCUCAGUCCAGGGCGUGAAUAGCACAUGUUGAUUUAACAACUGUUAUUCCUGAUUACUGAUGAACAGAAGGACAAGAGACUCCAGCGCAGCAGCAGUGCUUAAGGGUAGACAUAAGCAGAACUUCCCGCAGGCGCUAAAGCCCUUCCCUGAGGCCAGCAUCCGGCUGUCACCCUUCAGAUCCUGCCUUUCCAGGAGAGCAGGGUUCCUGCCGGCACCUGAGGAGCGGCACGACCCCGAGGGCCCAGGGAGCUGCCCGGCUGGCCUAGGCAGGCAGCCGACCAUGGCCAGCACAGCCGUGCAGCUCCUCGGUUUCCUGCUCAGCUUCCUGGGCAUGGUGGGCACGCUGAUCACCACCAUCCUGCCACACUGGCGGAGGACAGCGCAUGUGGGCACCAACAUCCUCACAGCCGUGUCCUACUUGAAAGGGCUCUGGAUGGAGUGCGUGUGGCACAGCACGGGCAUCUACCAGUGCCAGAUCUACCGCUCCCUGCUGGCACUGCCCCAAGACCUCCAGGCUGCCCGUGCCCUCAUGGUCAUCUCCUGCCUGCUCUCGGGCAUCGCCUGCGCCUGUGCCGUCAUUGGGAUGAAGUGCACACGCUGCGCCAAGGGCACGCCUGCCAAGACCACCUUCGCCAUCCUAGGCGGUGCCCUCUUCAUCCUGGCCGGCCUCCUGUGCAUGGUGGCCGUCUCCUGGACCACCAACGACGUGGUGCAGAACUUCUACAACCCGCUGCUGCCCAGCAGCAUGAAGUUCGAGAUCGGCCAGGCCCUGUACCUGGGCUUCAUCUCCUCGUCCCUCUCGCUCAUUGGUGGCACCCUGCUUUGCCUGUCCUGCCAGAACGAGGCACCCUACCAGCCCUACCAGGCCCAGCCCAGGGCCACCACAGCCACUGCGACCACUGCCCCCGCCUACCAGCCACCAGCUGCCUACAAAGACAACCGGGCCCCCUCAGUGACCUCAGCCACCCACAGCGGGUACAGGCUGAAUGACUACGUGUGAGUCCCCACGGCUGGCUUCCCCCCAGGGCCACUGUGGGCUGGGUGCCCUGUGGGACUGUCGAUGGAGGCAGGGGUUCCAGCACCAAGUUUACUUCUGGGCGAUUUUUGUAUUUAAGGAAAUAAUGUGAACUCGAGGAAGUGUCUUUAGAGCGCAGGGACAGAGGGGAAACAGGAGGAGAAAGUGCUCUCAAAGACUGAAAAAAACCCCAUGUUUGUAUUUAUUCUAUGUGUUUAUGUGGGUGAUUCGAUAACAAGUUUAAUACAAAGUCACUUGGGAGUUUGGUCAGUGGGGCUGAUUUGUGAUGUAGGAAUAAACCCUGUGGACACGGCUGUUUAUGAAUAAACCCUGUGGACACGGCUGUUUAUGAAUAAACCCUGUGGACAUGGCCGUUUAUGAAUAAACCCUGUGGACACGGCUGUUUAUGAAUAAACCCUGUGGACAUGGCCGUUUAUGAAA